GACAGUAAAAAAACAUAAAUUAUUCAAACGCUUCAAAACCUUCUAGGUUUGACGUAUUUAACCUUAAUUCACCGCUUCACAAUUUGUCAGGCAUAAUAUUAAUACAGUGCAUACUGCUUGUAGUAUGUAUAAUGUAUUAAUCUUAUUAAAGUUUUAUUUCAGUAAAUUUAAGUGUUUUUAUAUUGCAGCACUAUAUUGCUCCUACUUAAGAUUUCAUUGAAAGUUCAUUGCAUUGUUAAUGCGUUUCAACACCUAUAGGUUGGCUAAAGUUUUUUCUUUUACUUUUUGUCGUUUCUUUUUAUCGUAUAUGGUGUUUUGGUUUUGGUGUUGUGAUGGACUUUGAGUCGACAAUUUUUAAUUCGAAGAUUUAAAGAACAAUACUUCUUGAGUUUGCUAUACGUUGCGCAAUAAUUUAUUUAAUGCGUGUAAGUGUUCUGAUCAGUAAAAUGGUAGGAAUAGUAAUUCAUAUUUGAACGCAGCAAUUUUUAUGUGGGCCAUUCAGCAUAUAGUACAUCCUUAUGCUGCAAAAAUCUACCAAACAAGUUAUUGUAAAAUCUUUUCGAAUCUACAGUCAUAGCAUGAUUAGUAGUAUUAGGUAACUGAGUGAAGAAUUAUGCUUAACGAAUUUUAGUGCAAACAUUGUAAGUAACUAGCCUGUAUGGGAACCUCAACGUCAAGGAGAAUGGAAGAAAGUGAUUCAAGAUCACGGUCGGAAGAUAGUUCUGAUGUAGACUCGGAUCUUACGACUUUACUUCAGUACUUGAUUAGGAGUGGGCAAGUACAUAUCAUUUCAUCAGAUAAUGAAGAUAGCGAAGACGAAUUUAUGGCUGCCGCCAGCCCUCCGCGGACGGAAGUGAAGCCAAAUACAGAAAACCUCGAUGAAAGUGAAAUAAGCCUCGUCACAAAGCAGUCAUGUGGGUUGAUUCAUCCCACAGGAAACAAAAGACCAUCGUCGGUCACCGGAAUGUUAAAAGCGAGAGAAAAUGGAAUGUUUGGUUGCAACCAGUUCACGCAAGGGGAUUGCUGUCGAAUUUCCAAUUGGUACCUUCCAAACUCAAUGUCGGUGGUGGCGAGAUAUCGCACGAAAGCCUUUUGUGGGAUAUACUCGAAAAAUGGUGACCAUUUCGUGAGCGCUUCUCAAGAUCGUAAUCUUCGGGUGUACUCGACACGCGGGAGUCAGUUCAAACUACUUAAAGUCAUCCAGGCUCGCGAUGUUGGGUGGAGCAUAUUGGACACUGCCCUCAGUCCGGAUGGGAACUACAUCGUGUACUCCAGCUGGUCGGAAAGCCUUCACCUGUGCAAGGUGUUCAGCGACUCUGACAGCCAGGACGUCCUGUCGCUGUGCCCCGACGACCGGCGCUUCUGCAUCUUCGCGCUGCUCUUCUCGUCGGACGGCCACGAGAUUCUGGGCGGCGCGAACGACGGCUAUCUGUACGUGUACGACCUGGAGUGCAACCAGAGAACACUAAGGAUAGAAGGCCAUGAUGACGAUGUGAAUAGUGUUGCAUUCGCAGACAACACAUCACAGAUAUUCUAUAGCGGAGGAGAUGAUGGUUUGUGCAAGGUCUGGGACAGGCGGACGCUGAACGAGAGCCUGCCGAACCCUGUGGGGGUGCUGGCCGGCCACAUGGACGGCAUCACGUACAUCGACCCGCGGGGGGACAGCCGCCACCUGAUAACCAACUCCAAGGACCAGACGAUCAAGCUGUGGGACGUGCGGGUGUUCUCCGGCAAGGGCGGCCAGGACAGCACCCGCAAGGCUGUGGCCGACCAGAACUGGGACUACCGCUGGCAGAAGGUCCCCAGGAAACUAGCCAAUUGCAAGAAAAAUUUGGACGGCGACACAUCAAUCAUGACGUACAGAGGACACAAAGUCCUUCAGACACUGGUGAGGUGUCACUUUUCUCCCGAGUUCACGACUGGCCAGCGCUUCAUCUACACGGGCUGUGCGUCCGGCAGAGUUGUCAUUUACGAUGUUCUCACCGGUGAGCCCUGUGGUAAAUUGUCUGGCCAUCACGCAUGCGUCCGAGACGUUUCUUGGCAUCCGUACAAACAAGAGAUAAUUAGCACAUCGUGGGACACAACGCACGGCAGAUGGACCUACUCGGGGGAGGCGUCGGAGGACGCGAAGGGCGAGGACGACGGCUCGUUGCCGUCGACGACGCCGCGCCGCAGCGAGAGGAUAGCCCAGCUCCAGCAGCGGCAGCAGAGGUCGCAGGACUGCGCCGACAAGUUCACAAGCACCACGUCGUGCUGACCGUGAACCGCCCGGGUGCUUGGCCGGCGACCACCACUCGGACUACACCUGCACCUUUUUCUUUCUUUCCCCCCUGGGCUGCAUUGUACGAGUGACCGCUUGCCGUUGUUUUUUUUUUUUUUGAUUGUGUGACUUGUGUGUGUCUGGACGUGAAUUAUUAUAUGAAUACUUUUCCUUUGAUGAGGUUUGGAGCGAACGCAUCGAGUUUUUAAACGGUUAAUGCCAGUGUUAUUUAUAUCUCAUUGUGAUAUCUCGAAGAGAAUUAUAUAACUUUUUGGUGUCUUGGUUAUAAAUGCAAAGUAUCUUGUAGAUUGUGUUUUUUUAUUUUUAAGGCCAUGAAAUUGUGAUGAAUUCA